CUGCAAAGAAUGGAGGUUAGAGCAUGUGGAUGGGGAUCUGGGGGUGACAGGGGGGGCGGGGGGCUCAGAGCUGGCCAAGGGCUCACCUACUGCCUUGCCUGGUCACAGGAUGGAGGAGUUGGGUCUGCACCCCGCUGACCGCCAGGUGUACUUUGGACAGCUGCUGGGCAUGUGCGACCAGAUCAGCUUCCCGCUGGGCCAGGCGGGCUUCCCUGUGUACAAGUACGUGCCCUACGGCCCUGUGAUGGAGGUGCUGCCCUACCUGUCCCGCCGCGCCCUGGAGAACAACAGUGUCAUGAAGGGCGCCCGACGGGAGCGGCAGCUGCUAUGGCAGGAGCUCAAGCGGAGGCUCUACACAGGCAACCUCUUCUACCGCCCGGCCUAGCGCCCACGGGCCACCUGCCACCAGACUUGGUUUCCCAGGGCCUCAGGCUGGGGUCUGGCUGGGCCCUAGGCCAGUGCUGCUACAGCCCAGCCGCACGCGGAUUCACCUCUCCAC